AUGCAUGGAAUCCUUCCCGAAGGUAUAACAGAGGCUCUGGAAUACAGCGAUAUAGACUACGAGGGACUGCUGCCUCGGCUGCUUCAAGAAAGGCCACAACGACCAAGGAGUUCAGGGGCUCCCGCUGGGGCGCGCGGCGAAGAGGGAGAGCAAUCAUCAGGCGGGUCCAACAAGCCUGACGAUGACUCAAAGGCAGCAGCAAAGAAACCUGGAAGCGCUGAGAGUAAAGAAGACGAGGACGAAGAAUACCCUGACCAUUGCGGGGAUCUCGCAACGUUUGUUGAGGGCCGCCAAAUCAUUGAAUGGGAUAUUCCAAUCUUCAACGGAAUUGUACAUGUGCUUGGUUCAUCUGUCUUGCGACCGGAUAUCGAGUCGAUCGCAACCAAUAUUGCUUUCUGGCAAUGCACCCAUCAGUUCUGCUUCGAGUGUCCGAUGCUGACGCCGUUCUUGCUCAAAUUCCUUGACGACAUCGGCAUUAUAACGGGAAAGAAGCCCUUCGAAUUCUCACCUCCUCCUAGCGUCCGUCCAGAUUGGGUUUGCAGGGGAGCUUUCGACUACUACCCAGCAGGCUGGACGAAACAGUCUUGGCUUAAGUAUCUUGAGACAAUGCACUCAGCUGAUAAAAGAACCAUGAAAAGGAAUGCUGAGCUCGUGACCAGGGCUGCUUAUGAGCGGCAACAAAUAGCCUUACUUUACGAGAGCGUCCGGUUGCAGUCAAUUGAGGCAAGGCGAAGAUAUGAUCCCUUGCGCCCGAUAAGCGACCCGAUGUACGACCCGAACUACAAAAACAUGAAAAAAUCCUUUGACGAGAAGAACUUUGAGUGUAAGGGCGAGGUGGUCAAUAGAGAGCUCACGCAUAAACAGAUGCACAAAAUUCUUCCAGCUGUCUACCCGUGGAAAGGCUGA